CCGGCGCAGUACUGAAGCCGUCGGCCUUUCAGCGCGGUGCUUCCGUAUCGCAACGCCGCCGGAAAAACGUCUGGCAAACAUUUUCGACAUAUUUUUUAUUACUAUUUCGGUGUCACUUCCUGCUUUCUUCCUGUUUUAGAGUCGUUCUAACCGUCGAUUUGUGUGUGUGCAUCAUCGUCGAGUGCAGUGCAGCGUUUUUUUUUGGGAUUCACCCUUCGAUACAUCGACACGACCAAGAUGAUUCUCCGACUCGUGGGAUGUUCUUGUCACGGCGCCCAGUGCACAUGAGUUGGGUAACGCAGUGCUUGUGAAAAAGGUGGAUUCAAAUGCGGUUGAGGCCCAGAGCGGUGGAUAUUGUUUUGCGGCGUCGCCCUGUGAACCUCUGACCCGUACCUUGUGUGGUUUCCAAUGUCUUGGAGUAACAGUUACACCAAAGUAGAGGUGGUUCAACCUCAAACGUCGUCCGGAUCUAUCAAAGCGCUCUCUGAUGGUGGUGCUGGUGGCGGCGGCGGUGGUGGUGGUGACAGUGUUGGUGGUGGUGGUUUGAAUGGUUGUGGUGGCCUUCUGGUCGGCGUUGACGUCACCCCGGCUUCCUGGGGGGACACGCGGAGGACGCCCCUCUCACAAAUCGAGAUCAUACCAUGUAAGGUUUGCGGCGACAAAUCAUCCGGCGUCCACUACGGUGUCAUCACUUGUGAAGGCUGCAAGGGUUUCUUCAGACGGAGUCAGUCGAGCGUGGUAAACUACCAGUGUCCAAGGCAGAAGAACUGCGUCGUUGAUAGAGUCAACCGGAAUCGAUGCCAGUACUGCAGGUUACAAAAAUGCCUCGCACUAGGAAUGUCAAGAGACGCUGUGAAGUUUGGGAGAAUGAGCAAGAAACAGCGAGAAAAAGUAGAAGACGAAGUACGAUUUCAUCGGGCUCAGCUGGUCCGGCCCCAGGGGCAGACAACGGGUGUCACGCAGCCGGCGCAAACGACGGAAACAUCACCCGACAGUUCUGUCUUUGACCAACAACAAACGCCCUCAUCCUCAAACCAGAUAACCGUUCCGUUCAUCAACGGCAGCUACACCUACACGGACGACCUCGGGACGUACACGCCCAACGGGUACGCGUACACGACGACGACGGGUCCCACCAUUGCCUUUGAAAUGAGCACAGAUUACGUGGACAGCACCACCUUCGAACAGCGGCAGCAGCGCCAGCUGGACACUGUCCCGGACACCAACGGCCUGCUGGCCACCACGACGACACCCGUACCUGCCACCACGUCCAUCUCUUCCCACUUGGAGGAAACUGAUUUGAAAUCUGCUUCGCAAGAAGACCUCUUAGCCAAGACAGUGUCGGAUGCACACAACCGGACGUGUCUCUACAGCACCGAUCAAAUUCAGGACCUCAUGCGGAAACCACUUGACAUCUCGCAUGUCAUGAUGUACAAAAACAUGGCCCAUGAGGAACUCUGGUUGGACUGUGCGCAGAAACUGACGCAGAUAAUCCAGCAGAUCAUAGAGUUUGCGAAGAUGGUUCCCGGUUUCAUGAAGCUCUCUCAAGACGACCAAAUAGUUCUCCUGAAGGCUGGGAGUUUUGAACUGUGCAUCUUGAGGAUGAGCAGGUACUACGACGUCAAUACAGGUUCCGUCCUCUACAAUGACAGCCUGUUGCCCAUGGAUGCGUUUAUUACACAAGAAACGCUUGAGAUGAAGCUUGUCAAUAACGUCUUCACGUUUGUGAAGAGCACGGCGGAGAUGAAACUGACAGAGACUGAGCUAGCCCUCUACUCCGCCUACGUCCUCCUCUCGCCAGACCGACCAGGACUGAAAGGAAUCACGGAGGUGCAGCGGCUGAGCUCGGCCAUCCUUAAAUCGCUCCGGUACGAGCUGAGCAACACGCACGAGCUGCCGUACAAGGGUGACGUGAGUGCGUUCGACUGCCUUCUGGCCAAGCUUCCCACCCUCAGGGAAGCCAGUGUCUUACACAUGGACGCCCUAGGGAAAUUCCGCCGGGCCUUCCCGCACCUGGAAUUUCCGGCGCUGCACAAGGAACUGUUCUCUGUCGACGUAUGAGGCCUCCAUCCGCGGACAAAUAGACUCAAAAGCUCGGUGAUGUCAUCGUCUCGUUGCAUUCUCCGUCGACGGUAAAUUGUCAACGGCGAAUUGGUCGCCGACAGUGGCGCAUCGAGGGUGGUCCUUGAAGGCGAAUCAUCAACAGUGCAUUGUCAGUAAUUAAUCAUCCACGCUGAGACAUAAAACGAUGAAGCAUCAGUGAGUUGUAGCGAGCGAAUCGCCGACGACGAACCGUCAUUGGUGGAGUGUCUGCAGUGACUCAUCAUAGGUGAAUCGACCGGCAAAGCGUCGGCCGUACGCCGGCGCUUCUGAGUCACCAUCAACGAAGCAUCUCGUGAUGAAUGCGUCAGAAGGCACACCGCGGUUCUCAUCACCGGGAGGAUGUGAGACGCCCAGAUGUGAAUCAAGUUGGAGAAAUUGCGAUUGAAUGAUGAAGUAGUAGCUGCGAUGUCGAUCGUCGCUGCCCUUGUCGAGCACCGAGAGAGAGAGCGUACGGAGAGGGCAAGGGCUCAGGAGGGGGCUUUUUUUUUUUCUGGGAAGUUACCUUGUGUCCACCUUUUGUCGUUCCUCACCCAACAAAGGCUAAAUGCAUUUUUUUUUUCUCCCUCUCCUUUGCGUUGGUUUGCAUUGUGAUGUGAAGACAACGUUCAAAUGUCAUACAUGAACAAUCGUGUCGUUUCAAAUUCGAACUGAAACCCUGUGUCUCUUAGGUUGUUUUGUUGCGUUGUGCACAUGAUACUUCCAGCCAGGAAAUGUGAGUGUGUUACUUUUGUAAAGUCAUGGUUUCCUUCAGUACUACUAUGGGGUCACGUAACUUUCAGGUGCCGCAUCUACUAGAUCGUAACCCGGCCCGCUCUCUUUCCCCCCCCCCCCGCUCGUAACUCCAGAUCCGAAUGACGUCCUGAGGUGGGACAUCGACUGAAUUGUGGGGGAAAGGCGGGUGUGGCUCACAUCACUCAAGUAAAUAGUAGUCCAAUUAAAACUGCUGUAUCACAAAGACUAGUGGAGGACUGGAUGGAGGAGGCACUCUAUGGAAUAGUAUUUACCCCAAGAAUUCGUCCGAGGUACAUCCGGAUGACGUCCAAAGGCAUCAGAUUGGCACUUCUCCAUUAUUUAUUCACAUACGUUAACGUAAUUAUGCGAGAAAAAGAUUUGGAUUGGCACUGAGGCUCUGGUGGUCGCUCACACUCUGCUGCGGUUAUCUCUAAAUUUUAUAACUUCUGUCGUAGCACACGUCGGAGUAAUUUAUUAAUCUUCAGCUUGAGGUGGAGGAAUUUGGCAGCUAGAACAUCAACGUACUGCGACCUUGCAAUGUUUCAAGCGGGUUGCCAUAUGGUUACAGUGGCCCUGUAAUAGCUUUAUUUGCGUAGAUUUACCAAUGAUGAUGAAAUCCUAUAUUGUCCAUUAUUUAUUAAGAUCUAUAGAGCGAGACAAAGAGUAGAAACUAUUUUUUACGAUUUGAUUGCACCGUAGGAGACGAAAUCAUUGUCUUAAACGAGACCGAGUUGAACAAACCAGCAGACGGAAGAAACAAAGAAACCUCGGGGUGGCGUCCCCGCAACUGUAAAUAAGAGUUAUUAGACGGACAACCUUGUGCGGCGAUCUCUCCCAAAAGGAGUUGCGCUUGACCUAUGUCUUGCAAGAGCGAAGCAAUAAUGUGAUAUUAACACGGCAGACGCCUGGGCUGUACAUUGUAUAUAUGCACGAACGGUCGAUCUCCAUUUUUAGGCGCAUAAUUAUCACCGUCGAUUACACACUACAAUCUCUAUUGCAGUCGGAAACAUCACAAUGCUGUUGUGACCGUUUUGAAUGAGAGAGACGCAAGUGUUUUUGCCUUAGUCCUUGCUAAGGGUGUAGAAAAGCGAGACAAGGUGCUAAGAAAAAAAUACUUUGUGGGUGUCGUCAGUUUUUCUGCUAAUGCUGCGAUCGUUACGGUUUCCUACUUCAUUGUACUAAGCACGUUUUUUGAAACUCUGGACUAUUUUACCAAACCAUGAAGCAAUUGCAGGACAUGCGAUAUAUCUCGACACAGUGUAAUGGUGCUGCAAAUACCAGGGUUGUAUGUUACCUUAAACUUGUUUGAAGGCACUGCAUUAUCCCCUUAGAAUAACCCAAAAGUUCUGCAAACCUUGCUAAGGAAGUUUCCAUUUUGCAGCCAAGCAACAGGUUAUCUUGACUAACUUGCCGGUAAUGUAACAUUAGGUCCAACCUUCAUUAGAUAUGCGUAGGGUUUCCAGUGUUUUCCCGAGGUAUUAUAGGAUAGUGCGAAGAUAAGUGACAAAGUAAAGUUAUCCUGUUCUUUCAUUAUGUUAUAAGCCAAUUCGGUCUUUUACUACGUACUGUAAUUUGGUUUGGCAUCCAUUGUUGCGGCACUUUGGAGAUUCAAAAAAUGAUAAACAACGAAAACCAGAAACCCUGCAUAUGCUCGGUGUUGCCUACUCGACAAAACGGGAAAAAAAAGGUGUGUUAACAGACACAUGCAAAAGCAGGGUGAACCGAAUGCUACGCACCGAAGUCGCAAUGGCUUAUCCUUUGUGCCCGGCUCAGACAGUUCUCAUGCGGUUACUACGUGGCGAAACUCCAGCGAAUACUUAACCGUCAUUCUGUAUGCAUCUACUUAACUGAAAACGCCCACAAAGUUAGCAGUGCCCCCUUGACCCGCGAAGAACUUUUGGUUUCAGCGCAACCGGUUACUUGGAAAUGGAGACAGAGUGCUGUUUUGAAGAGACUACUGCCAUGUUUCUUUUCUUUUUUCUUUUUUUUUAAACUUCGUUUCUUGUUGUUGGUGAAUGGCAUAGAGAGAGAAAUGUUUAGAUAUCUUGCAAGAGUUUAACAAUGUCUUGGGUACGAGCUCACUUAUUUAUGAUGCACAAAUUCAUUUUUGUCAUCUUGUGUACAUUAUCUUUUCUCCAAUGGGGGAAUCGGAGUCCCCCAUUUUCGCUAGUAUUUUUGUCCCCUGUUCCUUCCCUAGAGUAUUCCCCUUUUCCCCCCCUUCAACAUCGCUGCUCACAACAUUCUAUCAUCGAACACAUGGUUAUGCAUAUUCUUCAGGUUCAUUUUUUUUUUUUGACACAUCACAUCAUUGGUUGGAACUUUUCUCAACAUUGUCCUCAUGCGAUUAUAUCUCUGCCAUGUUCAUCGCUUUUUUAAUAAAUAUAUUAUAUAUAUAUAUAUAUAUAAAUAUAUAUACACACACAUGUAUAUGAAUAUAUUGAAUAUGCCAUGAAGCACCAGAAAGCUACAGAACGACAAACAUAACCUCGACUGGCUCCCUCUGUCUUUUCCUGUCCUUUGCAAGCGCCUGUAGGGCCCUCUCUGUUUGUUUGUGUCCCUCGAGGAAUCGACAGGAAAUGUUCAGUAAAAAGCUGGAAACCAUGGGACAAAUGUCUCUCCUGUACUACUGAUAUUCGGGUUCCGUUGUUCUUUCGUUGUUCAUUGUUUGUGUAUCUGUGCCGCAGAACACGUUCUAGGUUGGCUGAGCAUUAUUGACCAGUGAACUUUCACGUACUUCAAUUGUAACUGUGUGGCUUUUCCCCGGAACAUAUAUAUAUAGUAUUAAAGAUAUCUGUCCAUGUAUCUGCAUUAAGCAAGGAUGAUCUACUACGAGGACAACGAUACUAAUAACACGUCAACCGAUGAAGCGCCGUUGCACGUUCCAAUCCACAAUUCUGCAGGGCGUACAAUCAGUUUCACCCAAAAGUCUAAAAAAUAGUUUUGUGGCUGAGAGCAAAUACUGUAUCAGGUCUUCCCAAAAGCCAAAGAGUCCUAAAGUGCAAAGUGAGGUCGUGGGAUGGGAUAUUUUGCCAAUUCCAUCUCCCAAAAUUUAGCCAAGAGAUAAAAAAAUCGGCAUUUCUGUCAGUUUUUUUCGUUUCUUGGCUAACUUUUUUCUUUUGUAAGGUCUCAUUGAUAGCUGUUGCUUUUUCUCUUCCAAAAGUUGUUGAGAUUCUCACCGUGUUGACUGAUCAACUCGGUAUUUUCUACGUUCAAGAAAAACUGCAACUGCGGAGGUUCGGAAGUUUGUUUUGGACAGACGUUCUCGAAAAUUUGAACAAAAUUAUUGAGCAAAUAUAUAAUUGAGUAAAAUACACAAUGGGAUUGGAGUGUAAAUUAUAUUUGUUGCAAUGACAGCAAUACGAACACAGGCACCUCGUUUGAGCAGCGUAGUUACGGUGAUCAACAGUGUGUAAACACAAAACUGAGUAGAUGGUCGUACAGAAAAUUCCCGAAAAAUAAAUUCAUUUUCCCAGUUUAAGACCCAUUCCGUGGAAAGCCCAAAAGUGGAUCCGAAAAUGUGGAAGCUUCGUUAAAAGCGUUUGCACAUGUGGCACAAUCACGAAAAAUAUAGCGAAUCGAGUUGGCAACCAGACAAAACACAGAGAGAAUGAGUAUUUUUCUAGAAGCCUGAACUGGGUGCCCAUCGGUGAACUGCCAGUUGGCCAGCACUGCGGCACGACUGAAAUAACGGACACAGCGGCGUCGAUACAGUCUUUCAAGGGCCUUUUCAGCGAGAUAAUUAAUGGUUUCAUGUUGCAUUGAUUGUUCUAUAUAGGCAGAUAUUUUAGGCAGUGCCUUUCAUGAAUUACGAAUAGAAUGCGGAGUGGUUAUUGUUCCUUUCUCUGGGGAAAAAAAGAUUAUUAUGUCGUCUUAAUAAUGUUCGCAAUAAUGCACAUGAUUGCAGUGUUUUGGGAUGCUUAUUGCGUGAAACUGUUAAUUUAUUCUGGUCCACGGUUAUUUCAUCGACGAUGCCUUUUUUGCUUUUUUUUUUUACCACCCAGCAGCUAUUUAUAAACACAGCAGUUGAGAAUGCCAUCGAAAGAGCUAUAUUUUGUCGACAAAAUUACUGCCUGUCGAUGAAAUGUGGCCGGGCCAAUGGAGUGGUCUCUCGAUGUCGUCGGUGCUGAAAAUGCAUUCUGCAGUGAAGCGAUGUACUUUUCGUCGAUCAGGAAGACGCUCAGUUGAUAAGCUGGAGGAAAUACGUUGCUGGUGAACUGUCGAUGAAGUAGCUGUUGACCGUAUAAUCUCUGUAUAAAGAUGAUGACUGCAUAAUAGUUUUUUGUUUGAGAUGUUGAUGUUUAUGCUGCUGCAUUGCCAGAUAACUGCUUCCAGUGGCGACUUGUAGAAAGGAAAAGAGAUGUUAAACGGGCACAAAAAAAAAAAUGGACUCGUGUACUUCUUACCUGUACAGUAGUGCUAAGGACGUACGCUAGAGCCACAACAAGAAAAAAAAAAAAAAGUCAAACGACACUAUAUAGAAACGAUACAGAGUGCCUUGAUUUCUGUAGAUAUAUGCAUGUGGGACUGCCGAGGCACUUUGAACCUGGUGCAUCAUGUGCACGUGACAUAUGUGUAUUGUAAAUGCAGAGUUAGAGGGGACCUGGUCAUGACUACAACAGCUGUCGUUUAGUGUUCUCAUUUUGGCUUGCAGGUCUUUUUUCAUACUAACUUGUGUCUUGGGAUGGAACUGACAUUUGAGCUGUUUGUAAAAUAAAAUAUAUCAUUCAACACGAAAAUAAAAUGUAUCAUUCAACAUCA